UGUGCUGAAGUAAGGUUUAACGAAGCUGUGUGCGGUUUAGGUUAUUGAAUUUUUUUUUGUCAGGCUAUUGGACUUGUCCGAUUUAAUUUUCUUCGAGUCCGUAAGUCGGUUGCCAUAGAAAUUUAUGUUAUGUACAUAUCCAUCUUGGAAUUUGUCAUCAUUUAAAAUGACUUGAUUUCAGGUUGAACUCAUGUGAUUGAGCAGCAGAAGGAAUCCCAAUGCGGGUGCGUAAGAUGUCAGCCCUGGUGGGGGCAGCACUUAUUCUGGGUGGCUGUCUUGUUCUGUAUAUGAUGAUGGAUCUUGCAGUUUUUCCAUCUGAUGUUCAUGAUAACAAAUGGGUGCAGUUUGAAGGCCGCUUAAAGCAAUUAGAAGUUGAUCUUCAUCGACACCAUGAAACUGUUGGCAAACUGAAGCACACCAUCAAGCAUCUAAUCAGUAACUCACCCAUACCAAAUCAGUACCAGCAGCAUUCAAAUCACACUGUUACUGUGAGCUCAACUACUACCAUCGUACCUGAAUCGCAUGUUUCCUGUAGCAGUCAGUUUAGAACUGUACCUAGGACAGACAUUCAAAUGUUGGAUGUCUAUAAGGAAUUGAAGUUUGACAACAUUGAUGGUGGAGCUUGGAAACAAGGCUGGAAUGUGGAACUCAGUGAACAAGAAUGGGGAAAAAGAAAGCUCAGAGUAUUUGUGGUUCCACACUCUCACAAUGAUCCAGGCUGGAUUAAAACGUUUGAAGACUAUUACCACAGUCAGACACGUAACAUUCUAAACAACAUGGUUAGUAAAUUGUCUGAAGAUCCACGGCGAAAGUUCAUCUGGGCAGAGAUAUCCUUCUUCUCUCUUUGGUGGGAUGAGAUUCCUGCAGAGACAAAGGAGCAAGUGAAGAAGCUUAUAUCUGAUGGGCAGUUGGAGAUAGUAACAGGUGGUUGGGUGAUGAAUGAUGAAGCAAGUACACAUUACUUCUCAAUGCUGUUACAGAUGAUGGAAGGGCACCAGUGGUUAUUGAAUCAGAUUGAGUUUAAACCCAGGAAUAGUUGGUCCAUAGAUCCAUUUGGACAGUCACCCACGAUGGCAUAUCUGCUGAAGAGGAUGGGACUUGAGAACCUGGUUAUUCAGCGUGUACAUUAUUCUGUCAAGAAGUAUCUUGCACGCAACAAGAACCUUGAAUUUCGAUGGAGACAGCUGUGGGAUGGUGAUGGUUCUUCAGAUCUGUUUACACACAUGAUGCCAUUCUAUAGCUAUGAUGUGCCACAUACAUGUGGACCAGACCCAAAAAUAUGUUGUCAGUUUGACUUCCGCCGACUGCCAGGGUAUGGCAUCUCAUGUCCAUGGAAAGUUCCCCCACAGGUCAUCACAAAACAGAAUGUAGCUCAUAGAGCUGGGUUGCUGCUUGAACAGUACCGCAAGAAAGCACAGUUAUAUCAAACUAAUGUUGUUCUUGCCCCACUUGGUGAUGAUUUUCGUUAUGACCACGCAUCAGAAUGGGAUGCCCAGUACAAUAACUACCAAAAGAUAUUUGAUUUUUGGAACAGCAAGCCUCAUCUGAACGUUGAGGCACAGUUUGGAACACUGAAGGACUAUUUUAAUGCAGUGAGGGAAGAGAGCAUGCCGGAAGGGUUCCUCUCUCUCUCUGGAGACUUCUUCACUUAUGCAGAUCGUGAUGAUCACUACUGGAGUGGUUACUACACAUCUCGUCCAUUCUACAAGCGCGUGGACCGUAUGCUUGUCUCUUAUGUCAGGGCAACCGAGCUAUUGUUUUCUUUGGCUUGGGGCACAAAGCAGAGCUCAUCUGAUUGGCUGCUGGCACCAGAAUCAGGUCUUACAAAACUAUUAAGUGAUGCACGAAGAAGUUUAAGUUUGUUUCAGCACCAUGAUGCUAUCACUGGAACAGCCAAAGACCAUGUUGUAGAAGAUUAUGCCAAGAAGUUGUUGGAGGCCAUCAAUGGAAUGCAGCAUGUGAUGCAACAAACUGCACAUUUCUUGUUAUCUCCACCACAAGUGCCAUAUCAACCCAAUUCAGAAUUUGUAUACUUUGACAUGGACAAUAUGCGGAAGCAGCACUACAGUAUCCCAGAGAAGGCUGUUGUAUUUUUUGGUGAAGGUUUUGAGUCACAAAGAGUUGUGCUGUAUAACUCUCUGACAUGGAGACGAGAGGAAUUGGUCACACUCAGGGUAUCUACCCGUAAUGUUAAGGUGACAGAUGCUGCUGGCAUUUCUGUUCCUAGUCAGACAAGUCCAGUAUUCCAGGAGUUUUCAGAUGUUAUUGCAGAGUCUCAUUAUGACAUCACAUUUAUGGCUGAUGUACCUUCACUUGGUUUGACUACAUACCUCCUGCAUGCUGUGCUUCCUGCUAAGAAUAUAGAUAAUGCUAUGUCACAUGUCAAGUUGCUGAACUUUGUGGGCUCUGCACCAAGAAUUGAAGGCUUUGAAUACAUUGAAGUGGUGGAUGAAGCAAAGGAGUUCUCAAUCCACAAUGAUCAUCUGUCUGCAGCAUUCAGUGAGCAAGGGCUCUUGAAGGCUGUCACUCUAAAGGAUACUGGUGUCACAGUUCCUCUGCACCUGGACUUUGCAAGAUACCAUGCACGACAAGGACAAGAACGCAGUGGUGCAUACUUGUUUCUGCCAGACAGAGAAGCAGAGACAGUUAAAUGGGACUCAUCACCAGUCCGGAUAGUGGAGGGACCACUAUUUUCCCAGGUGCAUAUGCAUCUACCAGGUGUACAGCAUACAGUAACACUGGUUAAUACACAAGGAACAGACAGUCUCGGGCUGGAGGUGCAGAAUGUGGUGGACAUCUCAGACCAAGUAAACUGUGAACUGGUUAUGCGUAUAUCAAGCAACAUCAAAAAUGGAGAUGACUUCUAUACUGACUUGAAUGGCUUGCAGAUCAUUCGACGGAAGCGUUUCUUUAAGCUCCCAUUGCAGGCAAAUUAUUAUCCUCUUCCAACCAUGGCCUUCAUUCAGGAUCAAGCAUUUCGUUUCACUGUUGUCACUGCACAGCCACUUGGUGUAGGUUCACUUAAGGAGGGCCAAAUAGAGGUGAUGCAGGAUCGUCGUUUAAAUCAGGAUGACAACCGAGGACUGGGGCAAGGUGUGACAGACAAUAAACCCUUUCCUGCCACGUUCAGACUGAUACUUGAACAACGCCAGCCAAGUUGUCAGGGAACUGCAAGUGACCAUCCAGCAGGCCUGCCAACUGUUGCAGCCCACGUAGCAUCGCUUUCUCUUUUACAUCCAUUGUUCCACUUACUUUGGCUGGGUAAGACUCAGGACAAGUUGGAGUCACGUUUUGCACCCAUGACUCGUGAACCAGGUUCUGAUAUCCAUGUAGUAAUGUUACACACCUUAACAUCGCAGUCCGGUAAUGCAGCUGGUCUUGUUGUUCAUCGGCAGGAAAUGGAUCCUUGUUUUCCCCUGGAGCAGUUUUCUCUUAGCAAUGGACUGCUGAAUGUAAGCAACCUUCUGCCGACACAGUUCGGAAACACCAUGAAAGAGGCAACACUCUCUUUUCUAGAUGAAGGGAAGACUGUUCAGAAAAAUGCUGCGCAUCCAAUUUGCCACAUGGAGAUGUCUUCAUUCAUCUUUACAAGAUAGCCUCCUUGCAGUAACAUCAUUACGUAUUUCACAAACCUUGCAGUGUUUUCUGUAAAGGAAAAAGAGCUCUGUGAUGUACUUUUUUGUAAACUAAGUUAGAAGGUUCAGAUUGUGAUAGCAUAUUUCCAUAGAUAGCAACUAAUGUUUUGGAGGUACCUGCUAUGUCCAUCUUCAGGGUUGAAGUAUGUAAGGUGAGGAACAGUUUCAGGUAUAUAGGCUAGUUGUAAGAGAAGUUGUCUGUCAGAUCCAGUGGAGGGAGUAAGGAAUUGAUUUCUUGCCUUAGACUCUUCUUCCCAGAAGAUGGAGGCAGGAUGUGCCUCUGAAACACUGAUAUUCUUCCUGUAAGACUGUAUGGCAUCACAACCCAGACGACUAUAAGCUGAACAAUCACUGACAUGAAAACCUCAAAACUUACAUGAGUCAGAAGGUUUCCUGGUGUUAGCUAAUAAUACAUACAUCAAGCAGCUAAACUUGAAAUUAAUCGCUCUAAGCUAUAGGUGCUCAGCCCUUUGUGCACAGGAUACUGCUACUGAGGUGACAAACUAUUAGGAUCUCCCAGUGUAUAAAUUAAAUUAACUCUGUUAGUGGCACAUUUAGUAUAUACCACACAGAACAGGUCCGUGAUAUUUUCCAUAAACUGAAAGCAUUAUGAAGUAGUUAUUUCCAGUUAGGAGCUAUUUUACUUAUAAUGGUCAAUUUCAUACCACUGAUAUUGGCAUAUGUAUUUUUGAUCAUGUGCUAAAAUUUUAUUGCAAAUCUGGGAAUGUCACUGAAGGGGUUAAGAAAAUAUCUCUUCAUUAUAAUGCGCUUAGAGAAAACAUGCUUAAAAGUCAUAGCAUGUUUGAAGGAGAAGGUGGCAGAUGUAAUGCCAGAAAAGAGCCACUGCUGUUUCUCCAGAAACAGUACUUCUUAAACAUGUUGAACCAUGUUGUGACUUGGAUUUUUGGUUCUGGACUGCUGUUAUGUGAAUUGUAUGCUCAUUUUUAAAGUGGGUCAGAAUUUAUUUUUUGUAGAAUCAAGAAACCAUUAAGUAUUCUGAAAAGUUUUAUCUUCUGAGAUGUAACACCAUGUAGUCUGGCACAAGUCUGGUUGACUUUUACCAGACUACUAAAGUGUUAC